AUGGCUCCGCGUCGUCACCACAUCGGUGCGAGCCGGCGGACAAGGCGAGAAGAGGAGGGCGAGGAUGAAGGCUCGAUAAGUGGGGAAUUGGAGGAUGACUCCUUGAGUGAAACGUCGGGUAUUAGUCACCAGGAAGACGACGAUGCCGAUGGCGAGGGAAGUGAUGAUAGCGAUGAUGAGGUGUCGAUACCCCCGCAGGGGGCCGACACCAAUGGCCAUCCGAUCAAUGGUCGUACGCCUGAGGCAGGUCAGCAAUCGAGGAGGUUUCAUUCUGCCUCCCCCGACAAACGGGCUGCGACCAGCGCUAUUUCCGACACCGAGGCUAUGAUGAACGGGAUGAAGAUAUCGGGGGAGACAGACGAGGCGGUCGAGAUACAUUUCGACCAGAUGAAGAGGGAGACGAACCAACCGACUGGAAGAACGCCGUCCGCGGAGCCGAGAAGAGAAACCUUUGCCGAGAGGAAACGUCGUGAGCAUGAGAAGUACUCAAAGGAGAGGGACGAAACUCCGGCGUUCGUGCCAACGCGGGGAAGCUUCUUCCUUCAUGAUAAGCGUUCUACGGAGUCGAUGGCCAAUGGGCACAAGCCGUCCAACAAACCAAAAUCGAGGCCUUAUGGCCUGAUUGUGGACGGCAAUGUGCGCAAGUAA